UCCAUAUACAUUGAUCACUCACGUCGCAUGCUCGUGAACAGAGACACAUUAUGCGCCGAUAUAUCUGUCCACCAGCACACCGACAGACACUCCAUAUGUACACCAAGCAUAUCCAUCCAUCCACCGCCAUCCGUGUGUCACGGGACGAAAGAGCUCCUGAUGUUCUCCCAGUGCACCGCGCCACCACUGCCCGCCACCCACUCCACCCACCGCCGCCACAUGGUGUCGCGCUUGCUGGACGCACAAAGGAUGCACACAUACAGGAUGGAUGAGACGAGCCAAUCACAGAAAGACAUCUGAUUGCUGGUGUGGUGUGGGUGCGGUGUGCACUAUAGCGCUGCCUGUCGCCAUGGCAUGGCUACACACGCAAUUACCUGAGUGUGUCCCGAUGCCCCACCACGAUAAUGCCCCUCCGUGCCCGAGUAAUGGCGACAUUCAUCCGUCGUGGGUCGGCGAGGAACCCCACCCGACCGUCGCUGUUGCACCUCACCAAAGAGACCAAAAUGAGGUCCCUUUCGUUGCCCUGGAAACCAUCCACUGUGUCGAUGGCCAGACCCCCGCUGGCGGCCGUCUCCAGGCCGCCCAGCACAGAACCGAUCUCUCGGGAGAGGAGCUGACGCUGGGCGCGGUAGGGCGUGAUCACCCUGCACACAACACAACGACCAUGCAUGAAAUGACUGACGUCCGCUGCCUUGUUUCUCUCUCUCUGGCUUGUGUUAACCCGAUCUGUGCCGGGGUGACAUGUUGGCCUUUGAGGAGUCUGCCGACGAUGGCGGCCACUACUUUCGCCUCGCGGUCGUUCCAGAAGGAGCAUCCCUCCAGCCCUUCUGAGGCUGGCGGCUGGUCGCUGCUGGUCUCGUCACUCCCACCGCCGUCCGCCUCCGCGUCGCUGGCAGCAUUGACGAUGGGCAGGGCGGCCUCCUCGCUCAUCUGCUCGGCGACGUGCUCGAUGUCGGUGGCGGUGGACUGGGGCGCGCUGCUCACAUCGAUGAAGCACGCCUGAUGCACACGGACACAAAGAAAAGAACAAAGAAGGGACAAGAGAAUGUGACACAAUGAAUGCACUGCCCCAUGAGCCGUUCGUUUGUUCGUUCGUUCGACCCCCCUCUCACACGUAAGACAUCGUUUGUGUCAGCGGUUUUGGUGGUGGGUGAUGGCCAGGGGAAGCCCACUAUGGGCGGCAGGGAGGAGUCGGGGAGGGCGUUCUUAAGCUGCUCCUUGUAGAAGUGCUGAUUGGGCCACCACGAGAGGGACGAGUGCAUCCUGCGCUGGUGGUCCAGCAUCACGAAACAGUCGUCAGACGGCGACAAUGACGCCGACAGACGCUCGAACAGGCUGACCGAGAGACCUACACACACACAAACACAGUAUUAUGUGUUGUGUGCCCGGUAUGUUGCCGACCUCUCUGUGUGGCUUCUCUGCUGAUGACGGUUGGCGGCAGCUGGUUGGCGUCGCCGAUGAGCACAAGCUGCCGGCACUUCCUCGCCAAAGCGACUAGUGUGGCGGGCUCCGUGCUCUGGGUGCACUCGUCAACCAGCACGCGCUCAAACUCAGCGCCCUGGAACGAAGUCCCACCCGCACCCACACAAGUGCUCACCACCACCUACACACGCACGCGCCACACAGCACAAGCAAGAACGACACACAGACCGGUUGGUUCUUGUGCUGUGUGGUGCCUGUCUUUGGUCUCUCUCUGCUCUGUGCGCUGCCUUGCCUGGUGUUGUCUGAUGGCGUCUUUGACGGCUUGUGCGUCGGUCGGCGUCUCAUCUGCGUCGAUGCCCACACGGAUGCACCUCACACCAAGCCGCCGCAUGGUCGCCACAAGGUUGGCCGCCGCUGCAUUCGAGUCGGCAACGGCUAGCACAUUCGCUGAAAGGAUCAAAUGAGCAUACCGCACACGGGGGUGUGGUGCAUUCAUUGUGGCCCUGUCUGUCUGUUCCUCUGGCUCUCCCUCACUGUGUGGGUCAAUGAUGGUCCAUGCGAGGACGAUGGCCGCUGCUGUGUGGGUCUUGCCGGUGCCUGGGGGACCCUGUAUGAUCGUGAGUCUCUGCCUGAGUGACUUCUCGAGCGCAUCCCGCUGUCCACCAACAAGCGACGUUAUCGUGAUCCCCUGAACGAACCAACAAACACGAGGAAGGCAAUGCAAUGGGCGGGAAGUGAACAAGUGAAGGGCCAUCAGCUCUCCACCCAUGUGUCUGUAUCUUCCCAAUCCAUCGCGUCCACCCCCUUGAGCCCACCGCCCAGAUGCUGCCGCACCACACCCGGUGGACCCCUUCCCACCAGCAGGCCUCGCAUCUCAGUCGUGAAGCUGUACGAAUCGCGGUGUGGGAACUGGCACCAUGGACGGCCCAGAAGCGACACAGAUGCGGCGGGCGCCGACUCAUCGACCUCUGCUGCAUGGGCGUGGGCGUGUUUGUGGCCGUGUCGCAACGCCGCUGCGCGGUCUGCGAGUUUCUCUGACCGACUCUUCUUAGCCCUGGCGGAGGGGUAAUGGGCGUGAAGAAUGCGGCCCAGACGGGCCUGCAGAGUCAGCGAUCUGCCGACGGCAUUCACACACAGAGACAGUGUUUCUCAUCCGCGAGUGUUGAUGAUAGAAGUGUGUCAGAGGGCACCUGAGAGCCCUCAGCGACCGCAGGUAAGGGAUCAUGGACACGUGCAGCGGCGCCACUCUGAUGAACUCGUGGCCCUCCUUGUCGAUCCACUCCUUCCGCUCGCCAGACGCCACGUACCGCCCCACCCUCAGCCACUCGGCAGCGGCCUCCCGGCCCUCUCCAGAGGCAUACUUGAGAUACUCUCGCGGAAUCCUCUCCAUCUCGUGCUGGUUGGUCAGGCGGUCCACCAGCUGCACCAGCAUCACGACUUCGUUGCUCUCGAGACGCGACCAGGCCAUCUCAAAGGAUAGGCCGAAAGACCUCAGCCGCCUGAAGGUGGGGCGCUUUGAUGGUUUGGCCACGCUGCUCCCGCCCUCGUAGGUUGACGGCUCAUCUGAUCCGUUGAUGAUGCCCGUCUCGGCGAGCUGGUCACUGUUGAUGAAUUGACGCACGACGCCAAGGUGGUACUCGUAGGCCGCGUCGUUGGCAGCUGAUGGUGAGACAGCCCCGCCACGCGGCAGCCCGAUCCACAGGAGAUCCCACACCUGUGCAUGCACACCGAUGGAUUGAUGGAUGGAUGGAUGGAUGGAUGGAGGGAAGGAUGUGUGGGAAGUCAGAUACGUGAAGGCCUUCCCUGCCGUCUUGCUGACCCUGAGCGUGUCGUUGUCUCGUUUUGGGUGGCUGGGCCACUCCUUGCAGUCGCGGCGUAGCAAGGCGUUGCUGAGCACCACCAUGUCAUCGCACCCCACGCACGGCUCACAGAACAUCUCGACGCCCUUCUCGAGUCUCUGGCCAAAUGCAGCAUCCUGUUUGGCGAAGUAUACGGCGUUCCUGACGCUCUCCAGGAGUUCCCACGCCAGGUUGCCUCUGACGGUGUGGUAAUGCUCGCCCGCACGUGUCGACAUGAACUGACGAGGCGGCAGACUGAGCAAACAAAUCAAACCCGAAUGCGUGUCUGGCGGCUCUCUGUCCCUCUGUCCCUCCCUCCUGCUGACAUACAUGACGUCAGUCAGUUCCCUGAGCGCACCCCGUGCGACGGCUCGUGCCUGAUGAGUGCCCAGCACCCCCUGCCACACACAGCGGUCAAUCAGUCUCUCCCACAGGUCGCCAGACACCGGGAACGAAGGCUGCUCUGGAGGCGCAGAAACUGCAGCAGCAGCAACAGGAGCGGACGCCUCGGUCUCUGGAGGAGGGGAGGCCUCCGCCCUCUCCACUGUCGGUGCUUCACUCUCCCCGGCCUGUCGGUGGUUCUGGUCUUUGGUCAGGUCGUCUGGUUGGCUCCUGGGGAAGAGGUGGACAAUGCGGUGAAUGAGCUUGGUGUUCCUGGUGCGCAACGCCACGUUGAACACCGAUACUGUGGGACAAUCAACCAACCGACAACAGCAGCGGCAACCAGCAUGCAUUCAGAGUGACCAAUGAAUGAUCCAUUCAUGUGUGUUGUGUGUGUGCAUCAUGAUGAUGCUUUGUCUAUCCGUGGGCACGUACCGAUGAAUGCCUGCAGAUGCUGGAUCUCUUCUAAAGAUGAAUGAUCGCCAGGAUCCACUGCAUCGCCCUCCACCAAGGGCUCCAUCAGCCCUUCAUCUUCGCCUUCGUGCAGAUCAGAUGCUUCUCUCCCGUGCAGGUGGAGAGAGUCGUGAUCUUGCUCGAUUGGUGGGUGCAGCUCAUCGGGCAUCUGCUGCACAGGCUGGAAGGGGCUGCCUGUGUCCGCAUAAGACGAUGAUUGACUCGGCGCCACCGAUGAGAGCCACCUUCUGCAGAGCAAUUCGCCGCUGCUUAUGCGAGAUCGAAGACGGAGGUGCCGCCACGAAUGGACGGGGAGCACACACGCGGCCGCCGCCGCCUUCAUG